GCUGUAAUAAGAAAUGCUGUUUUUCUUUUCCUUCCUCUUUUGAAGUUUUACCGCCUGUGAUGUGCAUCUCACGUACAGCUGCAAAACUGUCUUGAAACAAGAUCAUUUUCCUAGGUCAGCCUACUAUUGCGGGAAAUCGACCUUUUUUUGCACUACAUAGUGGCGGAGUAGGGUCCUUGCUGUGCUAAAGGUGCCCGGCGGCCUACUAAAUAGUCCAAAGGUUCUCCGAAACAGCGCCACCAAUGAAAGUGAUAUCGCCGUUGACAGUAGUACAGUAGGUGCACACCCGGGGUAACAGAAGUAGAUGGCAAUGCAUCCCGACGAUGAAAGAUAACAGAAGGCAACACAGAUUAUGACCGACCGACGAUACAGGGAGCUGCGGUUAUCUGUCGUGCAUGUGCACAAAGUCUAAGUGGAGGGGGUUGUUAGGAGGGUGUGGGAGUUGCAGUAUGAUAAAUCGUUUGCUGACUGCUGUACCUUGCUCGAGAGUAGGUAGGCAAGUGGCUGUACAGUGUUCCCUGGUGUUUGCUACUCCUCUGGUGUGUCGCUCGCUGAUUUUGUUGUGUCGCUGUCGUCGCAGUGGUGACGAACUGGGACAAGGUACACCACGAGCUGCGACAACCUUGGCGGGUUAGCCACGUGACAAAGCUGAACUGGCAUUUCCUCCGGCACCUGAGAACAGACCCUAGCAGUUCCAGAACCUUCCCACAACAGUUCCAGAUGGCGGACGUGGCACUGUCGCAAGUGCAGGAGAUGGUGCGGGAGAACGCUCGGCUGCUUGGAGUUGGCGUCCUGACCCUUGCCGGAGCAGCAGCAGCGUCCCUCUACCUCAACUCUCGACCGGAACCUUUCCUCCCUCCGAUCGAUCCUGACAAUCAGUCCAUCGUCAUCGACGAAAAGGAGAGAGUGAGAGCCAGCGGGCUGCGGUCGGACACAUCGCUGUUCACAUUCCUGUACGACGAUGCUAAAACGACUUACGAAGCGUUUCUGCGAGGUCUGAGAGUGUCGAAACGGGCAAUGUCUGGGAAGCGUUCUGGACCUGGAAAACCGUUCAUUUGGCUGUCCUAUCAAGAGGUAAAAGACAAAUCCCACAGAUUUGGAUCUGGUUUGAUAAACGCUGGAGUAAAUCCAGGAAAUUCAUCAUUCGUUGGUAUCUACAGCAGCAAUCGUAUUGAGUGGGCGGUGGCAGACCUCGGGUGUCAGACUUUUUCAAUAGUUCCUGUGCCCCUCUACGAUACCCUUGGUCCGGAGGCAUGCAGGUUCAUCAUAAACCAGACCAACCUUUCAACUGUUAUCUGCGACAACACAUCAAAGGUCAAGAAGCUACUGGAGGAGGUCAGCAAGACCCCUUCUCUCAAACGGAUAGUAGUCAUGGAUCCUCAUUCCGACGAUCUCAAGAAACUCGCUUCUGACCAUGAUGUGAAGCUGUUUACUUCAGCGAGGUUGAGUGCUCAAGAAUUUUUGAUAUUGAGCAGUAAAGGCAGGUCUGAUACCGCUAAUAUUGUGCAAAUUUUUCAUAUUACUUUGGGGAAGGAAAACCUUCAAGAUCCAUUGCCACCUGCACCAGAUGACUUAGCAACACUGUGCUACACAAGCGGCACCACAGGAGACCCAAAAGGAGUGAUGCUGACUCAUGCCAACAUCGUGAUCAAUCUGUCAGCAGUGUACUUCCAAGCUAUGGGGAUAUUCAGCCUAACAUCCGCUGACGUACAUCUGUCCUACCUGCCGCUUGCUCACAUGUUUGAACGAGGGAUGCAUUCGAUGAUGUUCAUGCAUGGAGUGAAGAUUGGCUAUUUCCAAGGUGACAUACGAAAACUUACAGAAGACUUGAUGGAGCUCAAACCUACUGUCUUUAUUACUGUUCCUCGUGUUCUCAACCGCAUCUAUGACAAGAUACAAGCUGCAGUUCACCACAGCUGGUUCAAGUCUCUGCUCCUGAAAUGGGCUUUGGCAAGCAAAACAGCUGAGGUCAAACAGGGAAUAAUUCGCAAUAACACCAUAUGGGACAAGAUCGUAUUCGGCAAAGUCCAGAAACUGCUGGGAGGACGUGCACGGAUCAUCUUGACAGGCUCUGCGCCAAUCGCUGCAUCUGUCUUUGAUUUUAUUCGAUGUGCUUUCGGAUGUUUUGUGAUGGAGGGGUACGGCCAGACAGAAUGCACAGCAGGUGCGACGCUGCAGAUUCCUGGAGAGACAGGAUCUGGCCAUGUUGGUAUUCCCCUGGUGUGUAACUACAUCAAGCUCAUUGACGUAGAGGAAAUGGAUUACUACGCCAAGGACAACGUGGGCGAGAUUUGUGUCAAGGGAGGCAAUGUCAUGAAGGGCUACUACCUCAACCCUGAAAAGACGGCAGAGGCGCUGGACGACGAUGGUUGGCUUCACACAGGGGAUAUCGGAACAUGGCUGCCGAACGGAACAUUAAAAGUCAUUGACAGAAGAAAGAACAUCUUCAAGCUUGCGCAGGGAGAGUACGUGGCGGCCGAACGGAUCGAGAACGUGUACCAGAAGAGUCAGUUCGUGGCCCAGGUCUUCGUCGAGGGUGAUAGUCUCAAGCCGUGCCUGAUGGCCGUGGUGGUGCCUGACGAGGAGGUGGUGAAAGCCUUUGCGGAGAACAACGGACUUCCAACUGACAUGGCGAAGUUCUGUCAGUCUCAGGCUGCGAAAGACAUUAUCCUGAAAGACAUGAUUGAGGUUGGCAAAGCUAACGGGCUCAGGGGCUUUGAACAGACGAAAGACAUCUACCUGCAAGCUGAGCCCUUCAGCUUGGAAAACGACCUCUUGACCCCCACCAUGAAGAACAAGCGACACACACUGCGUAAGGCGUUCAAGGAAGUUGUGGAUAGUUUGUACAAGAAGCACGACUUGUAGUGAGAGAGAACUGGACCUGUAGAUAGCUUCCUAACAGCCAUUGCCGCUUGCAAGUGGACAAAGAACGCAAUGGAUGCCUCUUUUUUUUUUUUUAACACAAAGUAAACAUCGAGUGUGGCCAUGAGUCACAAUGAAAACUUGUUCUAUCAUUCACAUCUGGUCAUUUGGACCAGGGCUCAGGAUAGUCUCUACGGCACAUGUAAGUGAAAAAUAUAUCGGCAAAGGACACUGGAUAGCCUUUGUUGCUAGUCAUUCCCUAGUAGGGAUCAACCAGACAGCUCUUUUUUUUCGAUGAGAUCGUUGAAUUAUAUUGUUCCUUCCGGCAGUUGGUGAUGGUGUCAAUAACUGGCAGAAAGCAAAUAUUUUAUCUCUUAGAGUGUCGGGAUGUAUACCUUUUUUCUCUGCUUGCAAAAAUCUUUGAUCACCAAUAUGCGUAUAUGAAAUUAAAAUUUAUUUUUGAACUAAAAUAAUUUUUAUGGCUACAUGACUGUUUUGUUUUACAGAUUGACAUAAAGGCUUGAAAUUACAAGUGCUUGUAUUUCAAUGUCAAUAAAACACUAAAUUUUUUA